ACCUUUCUGCCGCCUCUUCAGUCCUUUUAUGAUUCCAGUGAUUGACGCUGCGGCCUACGGACUCGACCCUCCGUGAUCGCUGUCACACUGUCGACAACAAACUACUAAUAAUACGGCAAAUUUAUAAUAUUAAGGGUCGACCCCUCCUUCUUCUCCAGUCCUCUGCGACGACCGACUGGAGAUGCCGCCUCUCAUUUCAGCCCACCAACUCUCCAUGACCGCGCUAUUUCCAUAGCGAUGAACAAGGCGACUCAAGACAUCCCCUAUCAGGCACUUGGCAGAGUGACCACCAUUAGCUACAGCGCCGCCGCCAUGAUCGACACCAUCUCCAUCGUGGCCACGGCCGUCAUCUUUGCCCUGACCGUCUUCUUCCUCACCUCAAGCAAGGACGACAAUGGCGGCGCACCCAAGCUCCUCAAGCUUCCCAUCAUCGGCGACCUGCACAGCUCGCCCAUUGGCAAGCCUCUGCAGAACUGGGAUGUCUGGUCCAAGACCAAGGGUGCCAUUGCCACGGCCAACCUCUUCGGCAUCGCGCCCAUUGUCGUCAUCAACACCAGCGAGGCCGCCACGGAGCUCCUGAGCAAGCGAAGUGCCUGGUACAGCAACAGGCCCAGCUCCGUCAGCGUCGAGAUGAUCACCGGCGCCGGACCUGGCCAGUCCAAGUUCACCCUCAUGCAUGACAUGGACGAUCACCUCCGUCUCCACCACCGCAUCCUCGCCCCGAGCCUUGGUCCCAUCGCCGCCCCCAAGUACCAGCCCGUCAUGCAGCUCGAAGCCAAGCAGCUGCUCGUGGACAUGCUCGCCCUUCUCCAGCCCUCAGAUGACAAGAACGUCGUCCAGAGCGCCCAAGUCUACCCUCUGCUCGAGCGCACCCAGGCGAGCAACAUUCUCGCCCUGCACUACGGUCUUCGGGUCCCGACCGUCGGCUCCCCCAUUUACCAUGAGAUUGUCGAGAUUCAGAAAAAGGUCACCCAUACCGCUGCCAACCCGGGCAUUCCCGACUUCAUCCCCCCGGUCCGCCACCUUCCCGCUGUGCUGUCCCCAUGGAAGAGGGCCGCCAACAAGUUGUACGAGGAGCAGACGCGGCUCUACUUGAGGCUCCUGAAGCACGGUGACGAGGCCGAGGGCUGGAACGCAACGAAGCAGGCGCGGACUGUCGCCGCCAAGCAUGCCCCGGGCGGCAUCCCCGACAUUGAUCUCGCGUACACGCUGGCCACCAGCAUUCAGGGCGGCAUGGAGACCAGCCCUCGAGCCCUGCUGUGGUUGUUCAUCGCGGCCAUCUCGUCCAAAAGGGACUUCAUGUCUCGUGCCCACGCGCUCUUGGACAAGGUGGUCGGCCGCGACCGUCUUCCCACCUUCGCAGACCGCCCCCAGCUUGCCUAUAUCGACGCCAUCGUCUGGGAGCUGAUGCGCUGGCGGCCUAUUUCCCCCGGCAGCAUCCCGCGGCGCGCCGACCGGGCCGAUGAGUUCAAGACUGUGCCCAUUGUGAAGAACGCCACGGUCUUUGCCAAUGCGUGGUCCAUUGGACGUGACCCCGAGGCCUUUGCGCCCGAGCUUGGUGCGCUGGAAAGGUUCGUCCCCGAGCGCUGGCUCGAGGGAGAGCGGAUGAAGGAGGACGUCACCGCGCAAGGCGAGCUGCGCACGUCCCUGCCCCUGCCAGUUUUUGGCCAGGGCCGGAGGAGCUGCAUGGGGAAGAGGGUCGCGCUGGAUGGCAGCUUCAUGCAGGUGGCGGCCCUGAUCUGGGCGUUUGACUUUGAGCCGGUCGACGAGGUCGACGACCUGGAAAUGGUCGUCGUUGGCUUCAUGACCGAGCCCAAGCCGUUUAGAUUCCGGCUGAAGCCGAGGGGCGACUGGGUGCGGGACGUUGUGGCCAGGGAGUAUGCCAGUGCGGACAAGGACGUCUGCAGUGUCCUGGGCGCCGUGGUGGACAUUGAAAGUAAAUAAUAGCGAGUCUUAUGGAAGAAGAAGAAAAUUGGGUGCUUGAGAGAAAAUCUGUCUAUGCACGCUCUUGCAAGAU